AAAAAAAAAAUGAACUGUGUUAAUUUACGGAAGAAUUAGUGAAUGCGUUUUCAUUAGUAUACACUUGUGAUAAUGGCUAUGCAUUUAUAUAGAUCUUACUAGAACAAAAUAAUACAAAUCCAGUAACAAAUUUAUUAUUAUGAUUAGCCAUUAAGACUGUAUAAUAAAGCAAAAAUGUCAGAAAAGACCAAUUUGGAGUCAGUUCCGAAUGUGAAGAAGGUUACUAAAUUAAUACCUCCUGAUGGAGGAUGGGGGUGGAUGGUUUUGAUAGGGACAGCACUUUCUAAUAUUUUUAAUCAAUCUAUGCUGUCCUUGUUCAGUUUAUUAUAUGGAGAUGCAUUAGAGGCUAUGGGUCACCGGACCCAAGGCGCCGCCGUAGUGUUAAGUACUAUGUUAUUUGUAACAAAUUUUGGUGGCCCUAUAGCUGGCGCAAUAGUAAAAUUAUCUACUCCUAGAAAAGUAGCAUUAAUAGGAGCAUGUUCGUGUACACUAGGCAUUUUUCUCAGUGGAUUUUCAACGAAUAUAUGGCAUCUGACUAUUACUUAUGGAUUUCUUUUAGGUUUAGGCUUGGGUUUCAUUCAAAAUUCGUCAUUUGUAGCUAUAAAUAGCUAUUUCAAGCUCAGAAAGAGCCAAGCAGUGGGUUUGGCAAAUGUGGGAACAGGUGUGGGACAGACUUUAAUGCCUCAUUUAGUGAGAUAUCUCUUGGAAAAUUACGGUUUCCGAGGCGCAUGUUUACUUCUGUCUUCUUUGAGCUUGCAUGGGAUAGCUGGAUGCUUACUAAUUCAUCCUGUAGAGUGGCACAUGAAAAAAGUUGAAGAGGAAGUCGUUGUAGAUGAGAGGCUACAGUUAUUAGAAGAUAAACAUAAAAAUAUAGUCAUAAAAAGAGAUUCAAAAAUCCUUGCCGAAUUAAACGCAAAUGGAGAAAGAAGACCCACAGACCCUAAUUUAAAUGAAAACCUUAAAGAAAUCAAUGGCACAAGAAAUCGUAAAUCUGAUAGUUAUAAAGAGAUAACAUCUGAUGUGAAUGAUAUAAACGGUAACGGAUUACCCGAGAAAAAGAGUUGGUUAAAGAAAUUAUACGAUUUAUUCGAUAUCUCGUUAUUGUCGAGUCCUCGCUUCUUGAACAUAAUUAUUGGAACUGCGCUGUCUGUGACAUCAAUACAGAACUUCAGCAUGCUGUUCCCGUUUUUCCUACAGAAAGUAGCCGAGUUAGAUAAGCAACAAACAGCAUUUUGCAUGUCGGCGAUCGCGAGUGCGGAUAUUUGUGGCCGUCUUAUUUUGCCGGUAUUCCAAGACAAGUAUAGGAUAAAAGCAAGAUGGAUGCUGAUAAUGACUUGUGUUUGGCUGAUUAUCACCAGGCAAAUACUGGCAUACCAAACAAAAUUCGAGGUGUUGAUCUUGAUGUCCUGUCUUUACGGAUUUGGUAGGAGUAUGGUGAUAGUAGCUAGAAAUAUUGCGAUCUCAGAACACUGCAGGGUUGACCAAGUCCCUGCUGCUGUUGGUCUUGGAAUGUUGACGAUGGGUAUUAUUGUACCUCCUGCUGGCUAUUUCCUCGGCUGGAUCAGAGACUACACGGGCAGUUACAUUGUGUGUAUAACAGCACAAAACUUAUUUUUGGUUGUGUUGCUUGUAAUGUGGAUACCAGACAUGUUACUUUUAUAUAUAGCAGAGAAAAGAAAUCAGAAAAUUGCUGUAGAACAAAUACAGAUGACUUAAAGAAUUGAGUACUGGUUUAUAAUUCUGCAGACUUGAUACAGAAAAGUUUUUUAGCAAUAUUGAUAAAUAUGCAAAGAACUUAAAAAGUAUGUAUCCAAGAUUGGCUGUGAAGAAAUUGUUACAGGAAUAUAGGAUUUUAUUACCAGCUGUUAUUUUUAUGACGGAUCUUAAUGUAAUAUAUAAUAAUUUAUAAAAUAGUUAAGUAGCAAUUCCGACUUGAAUAAAUAGCAUAUAUGCUAUUACCUACAUUUGUCAGUGUUAUUUGUGAUAACUACCUAGUCUAAUAUAUUGUAGGUAUAC